CAUUUGUUGAUUGGUCGCAGCUUUAUCAAUGGGUAAAACACCUACUAUAUAAGCUCCUCCAAUUCAUACCACAAUAUCAGUUUUCGGGUUAGUAUCGAAUUCAAUUGGCUCCUAAAAAUGAAAAUCACCAUUGUUAUCUUAGCCUUGGCUGCAGUUGCUGCUGCUGUUCCACAACAACGUGGUAUCAUCGAUGAUGUUGAACAACUUGUCAACAAAGCCAUUGACAAGGCUCAAAGCGAUUUGGACCAGAUAACUGGACUCGUCACUGAUUUAACCAGCAAAGUCAAGACCGAGGCUGAGAACAUCAUUGCCGCUGCCAAGAGUCAAAUUGCUUCCGCAAUUGACAGUGCCGAAGAUGCCGUCGCUAAUGUGAUUAUUAAAGGACUUUCCUUCGCUUUGUGUGCCAAGGGUAGCAUUGAUGACCUCAACAAUUUGAAGUCAACCUUCACUAAGAACACUGAAGAUUGUGCUGGAAGCUUGUCCAGUUCUAUUGAGACUUUCGAAAGCACCGUCACCACUGAUAUCAGCGACUUGAAAUCCAGCAUCUCUGAAUUGGCCGUCAUCAUUGACGAAUGCGGCACCAGCCCCCUAAAAGCUAUUACCUGCGCUAUCGGAAAGAUCGCCACUGUCGAAACACUUGUUUCAAGUGUCAUUAGUGAUGCCAAAUCUGCCGUCGAAGAAGCUGAACAAAAGGCCACUACAACCAUUGAUCAAGUCAAAUCCUGUGCCCAGAAAACUGUUGGUGAUGCCACCAUUGUAAUCAACAAAAUUAUUACCACCGUUAAACAAUGCUCUUAGGAAAGCAAUUCCUCUAGACACUAGUGCGGUACAAUGAAAUAAGUAUGUUAUUGAAGUAACUAAUGUCUUUUCCAAUGUCGUCCAAUAACAUCUUUUUCAAAACCUGAAAAAACCAAA